AUGAUGAUGAUGAUGAUGAUGUUGAACGAGAAUGAUUACCACGGUAUCAAUGGGAACGUUUCGCUCGAUCGGCGAAGCGAGAUCGUGCAAUCGCCGAACCGGUACGAGCUGGCCCUGGGCACGGCGGAUAAGUCGAACAACAAUUCCCUGUCCCGGGGCGAAACGGGCAGCUACGAUCUGGGCAGCGCGGAAGCUCGAGCCAGGAACAACAAUGGCCACUUCGGUGGCAGCAACGGGGGUGCGCUGCACACGGUGGACGAGAACAUGAUCAACAACAACUACCAAAACCAACAGCCCUCAGCCACCAACGGGCAAACGUCGUCCGGUGUCGGUCUGGGCAAUGGCAACAGUGGCACGCUGCGCUCGAUCGACGAGGAGAUGCGCAAGAAGAAGUGGCCGACCGACCGGGCCUACUUCCUCGCGAAGGAGCUGCUCAUGACGGAGCGAACGUACAAGAAGGAUUUGGACGUUAUCAACACGUGGUUUCGCGAGGAGCUUACACCGGAAGAUUUGGAAAAUCUUCAACCUCUGUUUCAGUAUUUUGAGUCGAUGCUGGAGCAUCACAGCGUCUUUCUGCGCGAUCUCGAGCAUCGGAUAUUGCUGUGGGAAGGGCGCGGCGGUCACGAAACACAUCGAAUUGGCGACGUAAUGCUGAAGAAUAUGGUCGUUUUGCCGAUAUACGACGAGUACGUCGAGAGUCAUCGCGAAAUUUUGGAGCGUCUGAACGACCUGUACGACAACGACGACAAGUUCCAGCAAACGUACCGGGAGUUUGAGCUGCAGAAGGUAUGCUAUCUGCCGAUCAGCUACUUCAUCCUGAAGCCACUGCACCGGCUGCUGCACUACGAGCUGCUGCUGGAGCUGCUGCUGGCGCACUACGGCGAAGAUCACUUCGAUCGCACGGAUUGCCACGGUACGCUGAUGAUGCUGACCCGCUCGACCGAGGUGAUCAGGCGCGAGCUGACGGCGUCGGAAAACCACAGCCUGCUGUGCGAAAUCCAGCGCGACAUCGACGGGUACGAUGGGCUGGUGCAGCCGGACCGGAAGCUGAUCCGGCAGGGCUGCCUACUGAAGCAUUCCAAGCGCGGGCUGCAGCAGCGCAUGUUCUUCCUGUUCUCCGACGUGUUGCUGUACGCGGUAAAGUCCCCGGUGACGCAGACGUUCAAGGUGCUCGGCCACGUGCCGGUCCGUUCGCUGCUGACGGAGAAUGCGGAGCACAACGCGUUUGUGAUAUUUGGCGGGCAGCGGGCAAUCACCGUGAGUGCGGGCACCACGGUCGAGAAGACGCUCUGGCUGGAGGAGCUGGCGAAGGCGGCCAACAGUCUGAAGUACAAACCCCAGACCCAGCUGCCCAUCGUGUCGAUCAAAACAUGCACAUCGUCUGAGGAAAAUCUGGAAGCUUGCGGAUUGAGCAGUGCGCUUGUGCCACCGGCCGCAGCCAGGCAGCCAUCGCCUCGCAACAACACGGCCCUGCACGUGUGUUGGCAUCGUGGCGUCACGAUCUGUCUCGACGAUCAUCUUCGCUCGGGAAGGAAUCAAAUUUCGGGCUACUUGCUGCGAAAGUUUAAAAACAGCUCCGGCUGGCAGAAGCUUUGGGUCGUGCUGACAUCGUUCUGUCUGUACUUCUACAAGAGCUACUCGGACGAUGCGGCCCUUGCCAGCUUGCCACUGCUCGGGUACACGGUAGGGCCUCCCGGCAUUCAGGAUGCGGUGCAGAAGGAGUACGUCUUUAAGCUUUCGUUCAAAAACCACACCUACUUCUUCCGCGCAGAGAGUGAGCACACGUACAAUCGGUGGAUGGAGGUGUUGCGUAGCGCCACUCAAAUUCAGGAAUCCCGCUCAUCGCCCACAAUCAACUCGAACAAUCUAAUCAACAAUAACGGUAGCAACGGAAACUAA